AUGGAGACUUACGAUGACUCAUGUUUGCCAACAAAUCCCACUACAGAAAGUGACUAUCACGGAGGCUUUCCAUAUUGUUCUGUACAUGCGCAAAUCUUCGGCAGUGUGUCAGACUGUAUGAUAAUGCGAAAGAAAGCACCUGCAAAUGAACAAGAGGCUUUACGUGAUGUGGUUUGGGAGACACGAACUAUUAAUAAAAAGCUUCAUGUUACACCGAUUCAUGCAAACAUUACGUCCGUGCUAAUCGUUUCUAAGCCUGGAGAUGAAGAAGUUGAGGAAAAAGUACGAGAACUAAUAGACUGGCUGCUGUCUUUGGAAAACGUUGUUAUAUUUAUUCAGAAAAGUAUGGAAUCUUUGUUUAAAAAGCACGAGAGAAUUCAAUACUGGACCACUUUAUUAUGUACCAAACAGUCACAGCUGUUUGAUUUGGUUUUGGCACUGGGAGGAGAUGGGACGGUUCUGUACACAAGCCGUCUAUUUCAAAGAACUGUUCCUCCAAUUAUGCCUUUUGCCAUGGGCACUUUGGGAUUUUUAACACAUUUUGAUAUCAAUAACUACAAAACCUCUAUUUCAGAUAUUUGCAAGGAAAUGUACAUCCAUCUGAGAACUCGCUUUGAAUGUCGUGUCAUGAAGAAACGGGAUAGGAGCAAGUUGGUUAGUAUUGAUUAUCAUUUGUCGCAGUCUUUGUGUGCAACAAACACAGAUACACACGACUUUACGAAAUCAUUGGUAGUUUUAAAUGAAGUUGUUAUUGAUCGAGGCCCCAAUACUUCAAUGAGCGAUUUAAUGCUAUACGUCGAUUCCAAGUAUUUGACGACUGUAAAAGCUGAUGGACUCUGCGUGUCCACACCGACAGGAUCGACUGCAUAUUCGCUGGCGGCUGGUGGUUCGCUUUGUCAUCCUGAUAUCUCUGUCAUGAUUGUUAGCCCAAUUUGCGCUCAUUCAUUGAGUUUACGACCUAUCCAUGUUCCUGAUUCGAUGGCUCUUCAUGUCGUUGUUCCUCAAGAUGCUUCUCAAAGUAGCUGGAUUUCUUUCGACGGUAGAAAUCGGACUGAAUUAUUACCAGGAGAUUAUUUAACCGUUCGUAUUUCACGAUAUCCUUUCCCCACUGUGCAUUCUUCGGAAGAUGAUGCCGAUUGGUUUGAAAGUAUUAAACGAACUCUAAUGUGGAAUCAAAACUGA